AUGCUGGCAGGCCGGUUGACACUGCGUUUGCAGACCUUUCCCUGCAAACCCCUGCAGCAGGCUUUGUCCUUGUCAUGUAUCGAAUGCGUGAGGAAUGUCGGAGUUCCAGAUCGGAGCUCUACCGUCAUAGAUCAUAUCAACUGUCCAGCAUCGACGGCGUCUGUAGAUGAGGAGCUGGCUCAAAAGAUCCAGAAGUACAGCAACCGGGCAAAUCAGCUACAGUGCCAAGAUUCCCGGGGUAUGUGGAACGAAGCGAUGAGCGACAUCCACAAGUGCGUGCUUAUCACCGUUGGCCACUGGCUGGGGUUCAGACCAGGUCAGCUGAUGUUGGACUGGGGUUCGGGCUGUGGUCACAAGUUGUCUUGGGCAAAGAUGCUGUUCGACGUGGACGGCUUGGGUGUGGAGAUCCAGGAGCCAGCGGCACGCUGGGCCCAGCUUUACUCGGCAGGGAAGUUCUGUCAGGGCGAUGGCCGAGAGCUGGGAUGGAUCCCAGAGGACACCUUCGACUAUGUGAUCUCGUAUGCCUCCAUUUAUCACCUCACAAAGUUGGACCAAUGCCAUGAGCUCAGCAGGAUUUGGGUUGGAUGGUGGUGUGACUGA